UUCAGCUCCUCAUUUAGUUCUUCAUCUCAAGUUGCCGUUUCAUCAAUUCUAUAUGUCCCUUUUCUCUUACAAAAUUUGAACAUGUCGAACGUGUUAGCAGGAAGUGAAAACGAAAAAGUUGCUGCAUAUGGGUGGGCAGCUAGAGACGAUUCGGGAAUUCUCUCCCCAUUCCACUUUACCAGAAGGGAAAACGGUGAUGAUGAUAUCACACUUGAAAUACUCUACUGUGGGAUUUGCCACACGGACCUCCACUUUGUAAGGAACGACCUUGGGAUGUCGAUCUAUCCAAUGGUUCCUGGGCAUGAGAUUGUGGGUAAAGUGACAAAAGUUGGUAGCAAAGUCACGAAAUUCAGUGUUGGAGACAUAGCUGGUGUGGGUGGCUCUGUGGGUUCGUGCGGCUCGUGUUCGGAGUGCGGCGAGGGCUUUUACGUGUAUUGUCCAAAGAUGAUUUUAACCUACAGUGCACGCUACCACGAUGGAACAGUAACCCAAGGUGGGUACUCUGAUAAUCUAGUGGUUGAUCAGAACUUUGCGGUGCUAAUCCCAAAGUCCAUGCCGCUGGCUAGUACAGCCCCCUUGUUGUGUGCUGGAAUCACAGUUUACAGCCCGUUGAAGUAUCACGGGCUUACUAAGCCCGGGUUGCACUUGGGUGUGGUGGGCCUGGGAGGCCUGGGUCACGUGGCGGUGAAGUUUGCUAAGGCUUUUGGCCUGCGUGUCACUGUGAUAAGUACAUCUCCCAGCAAGAAGAAGGAAGCAUUGGAGACGUUUGGUGCAGAUGCAUUCUUGGUUAGUCGAGACCAACAACAGUUGCAGGAUGCAGUGGGAACCAUGGAUGCCAUUUUUGACACAGUUUCAGCAAAUCACUCGAUCCAACCACUGAUUGGUUUAUUGAAAACGAGAGGAAAGUUGAUUUUGUUGGGUGGACCAGCCAAUCCUCUUGAGGUUUUAGCUAUGCCUUUGCUUUUGGGGAGAAAGAUGAUUGCUGGUAGUGCAGGAGGUGGGAGAGAAGAGAUUCAAGAGAUGAUUAAUUUUGCAGCAAAGCACAAUAUUACAGCGGAUGUGGAAGUUAUUUCAAUGGAGUACGUGAACACUGCUUUGGAGAGACUAGAAAAGAAUGAUGUUAAAUAUCGCUUUGUCAUUGAUGUGGCAAACACGAUAUAAUCUGCAUGUUCGAAAAGCCAGCGAUGAAGCUCGUCAUAGCAAGAUACUUAAUCCUGAUAUAUUUUUAAUUUUGGUUUUAGGCGUUAAAAUUAUCAAAUGAUAUGUAUUUUCUAAUCCCUGGUUAUUAUUGAAUGAGUUUACAUGCCAGCUCUAAAAUUGUAGGGAAUUAUUGAAUAAUAUUUUCUAGUUCAAAGUUUGAGCUUGUUAGUCAAACUUAUUUAAUGAUGUAGUUAGA